UUCUCCAAAUAAGUACUUUAUACAAUAUAGUGACGUCACCAGGCGGUAAACUUCCCCCUAGCGAACUUCAUAAAUGCUACAAACACAAGCACGCUAGCUCGAGAAAUGAGCUUUUUUCACACUUGCGACUCAAUAUUUCUCAGAUUUUUUAUUUUUAUUCAUGGUGCUAUUGCGAGAAGGGAUGUGCCCUGGACUGGAUCAAGAUUUGGUUCGUCGUUUGCGAGACGUUCACGUCAAAACAGUGGAAGACUAUGUCUCGUCGGACAUCGAGGACCUUGCACGAAAAUGUUCGGCGUCAUAUACGGCUCUGAUGGCCAUCCGCAGGGUGCUGCUAGCCCAGCACGCCGCCUUUCCUGUGUCGGGGGCCGACCUCUAUGAUGAGCUCCUUAGUUCCUCCGCCAUCCUCGCCACCGGAAACCCUGACCUGGACACGUUGCUUGAUUCUGGCGUGUACACGGGUGAGAUCACAGAGCUGGCGGGAGGGCCUGGAAGUGGAAAAACUCAAGUGUGUAUGGGCCUAGCGGCGACCGUGUCGCACCGCCUGAAGCAAAACGUGAUUUAUGUGGACACCACAGGGGGGCUUACAGCAGGGCGUCUGCGCCAAAUGCUACAAAGCCAGACAAGUAGCCACGACCAGCAGAUGGAAGCUCUCCAGAGGAUCACCGUCUACCGUGCGUUUGACGUCUUCUCGCUGCUCGACUGUCUGUACCGUCUCAGCGCCAACGGCGGCAGGCUUCGGCAGGCGUGCGGCAGCUGCGUUAAGGCACUGAUCGUGGACUCCGUGUCGGCCGUCAUCGCACCUCUGCUUGGAAGCAAAUAUCAGGAAGGCAUGUUAAUGAUGAACCAAGUAGCAAUCUCCCUCAAAACCAUGGCCAAGGAUUUCAACUUAGCUACUUUGGUGACCAAUCACGUGACGCAGAAUGACGAGGGCGAGGUGCAGCCUGGCCUAGGGGUGUCAUGGAGUCACGUUCCCAGAACCAGAGUCCUCUUGGAGCGACUUCCUGACGCCGACCGACCCACUCUGCGAUCCGUCACCCUCGUCAAGUCAUCCAGGCAGCCGUGUUUGUUACGGGCCGAGUUGGACCUUCAAUGGUGGAGUCACUCCGAUUCCGAGGCGUCGAGAAAAACAGAGUUGGACAGAGGAAAUUCCUGACAAAUGAUGACCUUAAAAAGGACUCUGGCAGGGAGCCACCACCCGCCUUUUGCGGAUGCACUCCCAGAUCCAGCUGGGCGACACCCGCUGGGCCCGGCCUCUGUCCCCCUCUUCAUCAUCAUCAUCGGCGGCACCUAUGGCGUGAGUGGCCGAGGCGCCGUCGUAGUCACCGACUAGGUCACCGUCGUACGCCACAAAGUAGCGACGCAGCUUGGCGAAGUCUUCCACGUCACGCGACAGGAAGAGUUUGAUGCCGCUGAAGAUGUCCAGCAGUGUCUGCGCGAACACAGACCAAUGAUGAAAGACGGCAAUAGAAAUCCACAUUGUUAACAUGGCGUCAACGGACCUCGUCAUUUUUAGACUCCAGCAUCUGCGGAGGACGAAGAGGCGCUGGCGUCGCUGUCUUGGCGUGGCCGUUGCUCUGCACACUUUCGCUCUUUCUCACCUGUGAAAAAAUAAUAAAACAUCCAAAUAGAUGUUUAACUUGACAGUUGUGAAGUCUGAUUUGCUACCUUCUUGGGAGCGGGAGAUUGCAGAGCGGGCGAGCUUGGCUCCGAUUUCACCGCCUUGCGUUUGGCCGGGGCACCGUUACCUGUGGAGAUGUGGAGUUGAUAAGUAUAUAAACGCUCUAAAGGGUUAAGUAUGUAUGCAAUGCACAUAUGGUGGAUAUGAUAGGUCUGCGCACCGCUCAGUGUCAUCUAGUUGUAUUUUCCACUCACUUGUCUUUUUGCUUUCCCGCGAUGUAGAUGAUGACGGCGGGGCGGGCGAGUUCCCUCCACUGUCACCUCCUGACGAGCCCUUGUCUUCGCCAGACGGUCCCGCCGUCACUUGGAAGUCGCAGUUCUCCUUGGAGAUGCGAUACAGCUCCUGAGGCGACAACGCGACAAUAAGGACCAGCAAAAAUGUGAUCAAGAAGAUGCGAUAGCACCGGUGACGCACUUUAAGCUGGUGAAGGUUGGUGGCGCUUUUCCAGUCUUUGUCGUCGCGGAUGCGCGUCAUACGAGGGAAACGGAUGGAGAUGCCGUCCGCUGUGUGCAUCUCUGACUUGGAGAAUUCGGCGCCGGUGAUCUCCCACACGGGUGCGUGCUGCCACCAAAAACAAAAGGAUUGAGAAAACCAAAAACAGAUGAUGGUGCCUAGAGGCGUGCGAAAUUUCCGCUUCUUAGAUUAUUCGCGAUUCGGCCGUG